CUGGAUGCUGGUGUUAUGCUGGUAGAGGCUGCCAUCCUGUGGGUGUUUGUACUCAGCACAGACCCAGGUCCCCAGCGAAGGCAGGGAAAGGAGGACACCCACAAUGUGAAGACAGAAAACCCAGGUGAUUUUUUGGCAGCCCUGGAGGAGGAUGCACAAGAGCGAGCCAGAAGAAGGAAGAAAAACGAAGGCUUAGCGAACGCGCUGAAAGAGAAGGGAAACCAUGCGUUCAGUAAAGGAGACUAUGGCACAGCUGUCCAGAGAUACACGGAAGGGCUGGAGAAGCGGAAGGACAUGCCGGAGCUGUACACAAACAGAGCGCAGGCUUACCUGAAGUUGCAGGAGUAUGAGGAGGCCAUUAAUGACUGUGAAUGGGCUUUAAAGUGCAAUGAAAAAUGCAUGAAAGCCUAUUUCCACAUGGGCAAAGCUCACCUGGCACUGAAGCACUACAGUGAGUCCAGGCAGUGCUAUCAGAAGCUCUUAGAACUUGAUCCCCAGAAGGAAAGCCUGUAUAAAGGCUGCCUGAAUGAAGUAGACUUACAGGAGAGGGCAGCAAAGGAGGAAGGGAAAGCUUUGGAGGAAUUUCAGUCUGGCAAGUUAACAGCUGUGUCUGUGAAAGAGUUGCUUCAGAAGCUCGACAGAGCCAACCAGAAUGCCCUCUACUAUGCAGGUGGCAUUAGACUUUUGACUGAAGCAAUAAGAGAGCGCACUGAACAAACUUUAUUUAGAACAAACAAUGGAUUCAGUAUCAUCAAUGACAACAAGGUCAUAAGACGGGGUUUCUGUGCAGAGAGGAAAAACACUGCUGAAGUGGAUCUGUCUAUUUCUCUACUCGUCCUCUGGCAAGCAGUCUGCACUGGGAAUGAGGAGAAUCAGCGAAUGCUGUUAACCCACCCUGAUGUGAAUGUGCAGCUUCCCAAACUUCUGUCCUCUGAAGUGCCUGAGAUCCAGAAGGAGACACUGGCAUUGCUAUUUCUCUACUCUCAGACUGAAAACGGGAGGUGUCUGCUGCUCAGGCACCAGGACCUAACCAGGUGGCUGCAGGUGCUUAUGGCAUUUAUCAAGGUUCCCGACACCAGGGCUAUCUGUGCCAUGAACUUGCUAGCUGACCUAAUGAAGGAGGAAAAAUUCAGAAUCCAGUGUCGUAUCAAACUUUCCACUGGGACUUUGCCAUUAUUCGUCCAGUUACUGAAAACGGUCCGGCUGGUGAACCGAGCAGCCCUAGCUCACGGCAUUGCUGUCAUGGGGGACCUGUGCAGUGAUGGAGUCCUCCGGGUUCAGAUGGCAGAAAGUCAGGAAUGCUGGCAGGCCUGCUUGCAGCUGAUGGAUGUGUGCUGCUGUGAUGGCAGUGCUGCAGAGUACCAAGAAUGUCUGUUUGCAGUGCUAGGCCUGAUGAUGAACUUAUCCCUGGAAUCGAAUAUGGUCAUUCAGGGGUCUGCUGUGGAUGUAGGCAGGAAAUGCUUGUCUCUGCUCAGCAGCAAAGAUGGAAAGAUUGUGACAAGAGCCACUGGGGUCCUAAGUCGUGUCCUGUCCACCUGUCCAUCAGCAGUUGAUGAGGCAGUGAAAGGAGGCGUGGUGAAGAAAAUGCUGAAAUUCCUGAAGGCCUGCGGACAGAUCACAUGCAGCUACGCUAUAAAGACGCUUGCAGUCUGCACCAAAAGCAGCAACCAGGCUCGGGAGGAAGUGAUGAAGUCAGAUAAAAACUUCAGUGUGCUGUUGCAGCUCCUGGCAUCGGAGAACGAGCUGAUUGUGGGCAAUGCUGCCUUCUGCCUCAGCCAGUGCCUCAACGUGCCUGGAGCUGCCGCGUCCUUGCUGAACUCCAACAUCGUGUUGGUGUUAUUGAAGCUCGCCGGUGGGGAUGCCAGGAAAACCGCGGUGCAAGAGAACGCCGCCGUGGCUCUCGGGAAGCUCUGUACUGCUGAGCCAAGGCACAUUCUUCAGCUGCGAGAGCUCAACGGGAUGGCAGUCCUCAGCUCCUCCGUGAAACACGUGCAAGGGCUUUAGGAGUCCUGAGGUGGGCAUGAAUACAGGUCCUCGUUUCCAUUUUCUAGUUCAUGUUGGUCUUUAUUUCCUUAACAAAAAGUCAUUCAAAGAGAGCAAGCAGACUCUCAGUCCCUCCCCAAAGUGCUUGGUGAAACAGUAACAGAUCCCCGGGAAAUGAAGUUUUGCCAAUAACCUAGGUACCAACAGAAGAACAAAGCAGCUUUUUAGAACUUAAGUUCUCUGGGGUCCUACAAAUUACAGUGCUUUUUCCUGUGGGUUAAUUCCUUGCCACCACAGCAGCUGUCACACCAGGUUUCGAUGUGUGGCCCAGUCAGGGCAGUUUCCAGUCUGACAGUGGCCAGUACCAGAUGCUUCAAAAGAAAGGGCAUUUGUGGACAUCUAUGGAAGAAGUUGUCCCUGGGGGAAACAGCUCCCCCAGGUGCUGUGAAUUGAUGGUUCAACUAUGCCCUGAAGCAGGAGGGAUUAUCUCCCUGUAUCAGUUAUUUUAAACGUACAUAAACUUAACUGUAAAUGCUCUCACUAGCUGCCUAAAUGUCAUCCUUUGUUUUAAUUGUGCUAAGCUCUCCGUCUCGCUGCUGUUUGGCGGCAGUGAGGUUCACAGGUUAAUUAUCAGCUGUGCAGAAGCGUAGUUCUGGGUGCCAGUAGUUAAGCCUGCAGUCUUUCACUUUCAUCAAAUGUCACUUUGUUCUUGUCUUCUGAGACCGACUAAAUAGGGGCACAAUUGACCGUCAGCAUUCGCUAUUUCAUUUUCUUUUCUCACAUCCCCUUCUUAUUCAUCUCUUCUUUAAACCCCUCUGCCCCAGUCAUCUACUUCAUAUUUAAAAUAUAAUAGUGCAAAUGGCACAUGCUGCUUUUGUGAUUAUUUCCUAGUGAGGCUGGCCUUGGAUUAACACAAUGCCAAGUGCUACCCUAGCAAACCAGCCACUGGCCUUGCCUCCGCACUGAAUCGAAGUACAGUGCCCAGCCAUUUCUAAAUCAGGGACUCAAAUGAGUCCUGUUCCGUAAAAGGCCAUUAAAACCGUGUUGCUAAGAGGUUUGUCUAAAGCAGUGGUGGGAUCUGCCGUAACCCUGCAUGCUGCACUGCUGAAGUAGAUUGGCAGCUGUUAAAAAAAAAAAAAAAAAAAAAAAAAAAAAAAAGACAAGGAGGAGCUUUAGUGCCCAGAUGAGGCAGCGGGGAUGCUAGAUGCGUGUGAGAUGCUUUGGGAAAACUUUACUAGGGCAGAUCACAUUUGGCAUCGGUGAUGCCUGAUUUAAAGGCAGCUGUAGCAGUGAAGGCAAAGCAGUGAGAGACAAGCCCUUGGAGAAACGGAUGUGAGCGUACACACAGCACUGCAGGGCAAAAGCUAGACAAGGACAGAAUCAGGCCGUAGAUUUGCCGCACAAUCAGCGUUCAACUUGUGAAACAGAAAAUGCCUAAUGUAUAUGUAAAACGGCUCAGGACCCUCUUGCUUGAUUUUUAAAUAGACUCUUCCCAUUCUCCCUCCUUGACACUUAGAGAUGGCUAUUAUGUAUGUAAUCUCUUCCUCUAGGAGUCAUUGCUGUCAAAUUACAUAUCAUUAUCUUCUCUUUGGAGUAGCAGCUGAGUACUCUAAUCUUUCCCCAUUUUAGAGGAAGGAAGUGCCUGUGCACCUGGGGUUUCUUCUUUUGUGGAUGGCUAUUGUAUGGGCAAUAUUCUCUAGUUCUCUUUAAUCCCCUACCCUCCAAAUCAGACUGCUGUUGACAUGCGGGAUAUUCAUUAAAUAAACGUUUGAUGCUCA